GUGGGACGGGGCGGAGCUGGACGCGGCUGAGGUGCUGCCCGGGCCCCUUGGGUCCUCCCCGGGGAUGGGGAUCCCCUCGCUGUUUGGCCGGGGCCCGCCCGGGUUUCCCGGGUUGCGGCUGUGCCGGUGCCCCCUCAGGCACUUCCCGGUGUCCAGCCGAGCCAGCCCAGCUCCCGCAGCUUCUCCUCAUUCCCCACACCCCUGACCCCCAGGCACUUCAGCAGCCCGCGGGAAUUCCCGGUAGGAUCAGGGCCCCAGGUGAUGGGGGAACCUGGGCCUUUAAAGAGAUUUAAACUUGGGCUGGACCAGGCCCUGCACAGCCUGUUGUAAUUUGAGUCACUUCUGAGUGGGGAGUCGGACCAGGGUUUGCAGGGAUCCCUUCCAGCUUAAGUGAUUCCAUGAUCUUGGCAAAACGAAUCCUUGUGCUUGAUACAUGGAUCAAAUACAAUCUGUGCAGGGUGUCACAUGGAACUCCUUAUUUAUUUCCAUGAUUCCUGACUCGGGGUCUCGCUUCUGAUUUACAGAAUCACAGGAUAUUCUGAGUUGGAAGGGACCCACAAGGAUCACCAAGUCCAGCUCUUAAGUGAAUGGCCCAUUCCAGGAUUGACCCCACAACCUGGGUGUUUUUAGCACCAGGCUCUGACCUGCUGAGCUCAACUCAGGGUUCUGUGGCCGGCGGCCCGAGCUGGGAGUAUGAGCGAGUUCCGCAUCCACCACGACGUGAACGAGCUGCUGAGCCUGCUGCGGGUGCACGGCGGGGAGGGUGCUGAGGUCUACAUCGAGCUGCUGCAGAAGAACCGCACGCCCUACGUCACCACCAACGUCUCUGCGCACAGCGCCAAGGUGAAAAUAGCGGAGUUUUCUCGAACUCCUGAAGAUUUCUUAAAGAAGUACGAUGAGCUGAAGUCUAAAAACACAAGACAUCUGGAUUCUUUAGUUUAUCUGCUGUCCAAACUCACAGAAGACAAAGAGACACUCCACUACCUGCAACAAAAUGCUAAAGAAAGGGCAGAACUCGCAGCAAACGCAGCCACCAGCAGCAGCACGAAUUUUUCCAUCCCCUCAUCCACUUCCAAGAUGUCUCUGCAGGAGCUGGAGGAGCUGCGCAAGCAGCUGGGCAGUGUCACGGCCAACUCCAGUGCACAGCAGCCUCUUGAGCUUACACGAAAAAUCCUUCGGGAUAAGCAGAACAAGAAGAAUUCUGGUCAGCCCAUUCCAGUGUUUCCAUCCUGGGUAUAUGAGAGACCUGCACUUAUUGGGGAUUUUUUAAUUGGCACCAGUCUAAGCACUGACACAACAGUACCAAUAGGCACUUUGCCAUUAGCAUCCCAGGAAUCCAUGAUUGUGGAGGACUUGCUGUACGUUCUGAUUGGUGUGGAUGGAAGGUACAUCACAGCACAGGCCCUCGUGGGCAGGCAGAACCGAGCCUUUUCACUCGAUCCAAACCUGGACUUGUCCAUCAAGGAGCUGGUGACCAGGAUUCUUCCUGUGGCAGCAAGUUACUCUGCUGUCACCAGGUUUAUAGAGGAGAAGUCUUCCUUUGAGUAUGGACAGGUAAAUCAUGCUCUGGCUGCGGCCAUGCGGACUCUAAUCAAGGAAUACAUGAUAUUAAUUACCCAGCUGGAGCAUCUUCAGAGGCAGGGCCUUCUGUCACUGCAGAAGCUGUGGUUUUACAUCCAGCCCACAAUGAGGACCCUGGAGAUUCUGGCUUCACUUGCUACUUCUGUGGAUAAGGGUGAGUGUAUGGGAGGAUCAACCCUGAGUUUGCUCCAUGACAAGACUUUCAAUUACACAGGGGACAGCCAGGCCCAGGAGCUGUGCCUGUAUUUAACCAAGGCAGCCAGCGUGCCUUACUUUGAAAUCCUGGAAAAGUGGAUAUAUAGAGGCAUCAUUAAUGAUCCAUACAGUGAGUUCAUGGUGGAGGAGCAUGAGCUGCAGAAGGAGAAGAUUCAAGAGGACUAUAAUGACAAGUACUGGGAUCAGAGAUACACUGUUGUCCAGCAGCAGAUUCCCUCCUUCUUGCAGAAGAUGGCUGACAAAAUCCUAAGCACAGGGAAAUAUUUAAAUGUUGUGCGGGAAUGUGGGCGAGAUGUCACCUGCCCUGUGGCCAAAGAGGUCAUCUACACUUUAAAAGAGAGAGCCUAUGUGGAACAAAUAGAAAAAGCAUAUAACUAUGCCAGCAAAGUUCUUCUGGACUUCCUGAUGGAGGAGAAAGAGCUGGUGGCUCACCUAAGAUCUAUAAAACACUAUUUCCUGAUGGAUCAAGGGGACUUCUUUGUUCACUUCAUGGAUCUGACAGAGGAGGAACUUAAGAAGCCUGUAGAUGACAUCAUAACGACGAGGCUGGAGGCUCUGCUGGAAUUAGCCCUGAGAAUGAGCACAGCCAACACUGAUCCCUUCAAGGAUGAUUUAAAGAUUGACUUGAUGCCCCAUGACCUCAUCACACAGCUCCUGAGGGUGUUGGCCAUAGAAACAAAGCAGGAGAAGGCCAUCAUUAGUGCAGACCCCACAGAGCUCACCCUCAGCGGCCUGGAGGCCUUUUCCUUCGACUACAUUGUGAAGUGGCCCCUGUCCCUCAUCAUAAACAGGAAAGCACUGACAAGGUACCAGAUGCUUUUCAGACACAUGUUCUACUGCAAGCACGUGGAAAGGCAGCUGUGCAAUGUUUGGAUCAGCAAUAAGGCAGCCAAGCAAUUCUCCCUGCAUUCAGCUAAGUGGUUUGCUGGUGCUUUCACACUGCGGCAGCGGAUGCUGAAUUUUGUGCAGAAUAUCCAGUAUUACAUGAUGUUUGAAGUGAUGGAGCCAACAUGGCACAUUCUGGAGAAGAACCUGAAGCUGGCAGGUUCUCCUCAACAUUCCCUACACAGGAGAAGGAGCUGUGGAAAAGCAGGGUGGAUGCAGAGUGCAAAGACUAUAAAGCAGUCCAGGCAUCUCCAGCUGAUUCCUUGGCCGAGUUACAGUGCUCUUAGAAGCAGAGCCUUUGCUUUCUCUUCCAUGAAACUGCCAAGGACUGGCAUGCUGGGAAUGUUUGGUAUAAAAAGGCCAUCAUUAUUAUCAUUAUUAGUAUUAUUAUUAUUAUUCCCUCUGGUUGUCACUCUGUGAUCAGACACUUCUGGGUUGCACAUCGUUUUGCUCUUAAACCCUGAAAAACGCUCAUCUGAGGUACCAAACAACACAACACCCCUGCAGUCAGCUCUCUUGGCAGCUGUCUGAUGACCCUUGUGGAUCUUCAGCAUCAACUGAUUCUGCCCUAGUUCUUACUGUGCCCUGAGGAGCUGUUUUGGGGUCAGCUAACCAACAUUUUUUGAUGCCCUGUCAUGUUUUUUUUCUGGAGAAUUCACAGGAGGGAGCAGGUCUAGGAUUGUGAGUGUCUCUGUAUGUUAUUGACAAGAACUUGUGAUUGAGAAGAGUUCAUAUGUCAACCUCCUGGAUAAUCUGGGAAUUGUACUUAUUUCUUAAUUUUGUUGCGAGUUUAGGCGUGCAAAAUAAAUCACUCAGUUUACUUUACUUGCAUGGAGGCCAUUGUUGAAGUUAUCCUGUCCCUGUUUUCUCCUUUCAUUUGUAUUUUUGGGGGGUGGAAAGGAUGAUCCUCACUGGUCUCAUGUAGUGUCUUAUGGUGCAUUUUAUUUGUCACACUUCUCUCUUGUGCAUUUUCACUUAAAGAUAGGGUGCUCUCUUCCUAAAAUUGUAGCUGGGAUCUUCAUCUUCACGUCAUCAUUGUCUCCAUCAACACAACUUCAUCAUCAUCUUCAUUGCAUUAGAAAGCUGCAUUUAUCCCUGUUCUGCAGUAGCUUAAAGGGUUGUGGGAGGGGUUUCUUAUAAUUUGAAACUCAAGACUGAAGCAGCCUGUUGGAAUAGCAGAGAUGAACAAAAAUCUUACAGAGUCCUCGCAAUGCUGUGUGUCCCAACUCCUUAUUGGCUCCUAAAGCAAAUUUCUGGAUUAUUCCUGGGUAGCCUGUAUGUUUUAAUGAUAAGUUUAUUGACAUUUAAGAUUCUUCAAUUUGUGUUUCUCUUUUCCUCUUGUUUUCACUGACUUUAGUGAGGUUCUGGAGGUGGGAGUGCCCAUGACAAGCAGAUUUAAAAACAAAGGAAAUGCAAGUUCAUAAAGCAAAUAGCUCCAUCCUUUCCAGGGGAGGGCUUGGGUGACGAAAGCAAGCGCAGUUUGUGGGGAGGUGAAGUGACAGAUCAAUGGUUUAAAGCCUGUGAGGGGCUGUUGAAGGCAAUGAUUCAGGUGCAGUCUCCAUCUCAGGAUAUUUCUGGGAGGUACACGAGGAGUUUCUCACCCUGAGAGGUCCCUGUCAGAGGCAGGCUGCUGGGAUGGAGCUUUGGGAUGGAGC